UGUGUUUAAAUACAGUUAAAGAAGUAUGGAGGACCCUCAAAAAGAGUUGGAAAAACAAGUGACGGAGCUGAAAGAAUGGGCCGCAAAGCAUCCACACGUAGCCAAAGAUAUGGAUGACAAACUACUCAGAAGAUUCUUGCACAGUUGCUACUACGAUAUGCCGAAAACACAGAAAGCUGUGGAGGUGUUUUCCAACUUGCGCGCCGACACUCCGGAGAUAUUCGGCGAUCGAGACCCGUUAGGAAAACGCGUGAACCAAGCGUUUAAGUACGUAACCCUAGCAUUCAUUCCCAUAUCGGGAAACAGACGCCUCUGGAUCUUCCAAAUAAAUGACCCAGGUUUCCAAAAAUUUGAACAUGCUGAGUUCUUACGCACCGUUAUUCUGGCCUUCGAUGCGUGGUUACUUGAGGAAAGCAGUUUACAGGAAGGAGAUUUGACACUUUUUGAUGCCAAGGAUAUAAGCUUGAAGAUUUUCUGGAGAAUGCAUUUCUCUUUACAGAAGAAAUUGAUGAAGUAUCAGGAGGAAGCCAUGCCGAUCCGUAUAAAGCAAAUGCACAUGAUAAACACGCCGUCAUUCAUGGACAAAUUGUAUUCAUUAUUAAAACCAUUUAUGAGCAAGGAAAUGAGUGACGCACUUCAUUUCCACACGCCAAACUCAGACACCCUGUUUCAAUACUUCAGCAAGGACGACCUACCCAAGGACUUAGGCGGGAACCUCGACAUUUUAGAUGUUUAUAAUAAAGAAAUAAUUGACCUAAUCCACAAACAUAGUGACGCGUUAAAAAAUGAUGGUUUGUGGAAAACUCUGAAGAAAUAG